UCAAAUCUCAGGCUUUCCCCGCUCUCUCUCUCUCUCUCUCUCUCUCUAAUAAUCCUUCGUCUUCUCUUCAUAGCUUCUCUGAAACCCUCAACCACUCUCACUCCCAAUUAGCAGCUCGAACAUCGGAAUACAAUGGGGGAUUCCUCCCGGAAGAUCGAUAUGGGCAAGCUUGUGACCUACAGUGACGAUCUCGCCCGAGUUCUCAGGGACAAGAAGGACUCCAACAACCUCGCCCACUGCCACCAGCACUUGCAGGCUCUUCGCUCCUCCUGCGACGCCGAUUCCUCUGAGCUCCAGAGCUUGCUACGAGAUUAUCAGAGGAAGAUAGAUGAAUGCAAGGAGAAAACGGAAGCAGCAAAAUCUGAAGUUGUUUCAGAUGCAGAAUUAGACCGACUCCAGAAAGAAUUAGAAGACGAACUCGAGAAGGAACGCUUGCUUAUGGAGAAUCUGAGAGCUGUCACGGAUGAGAUCGAUGAUUUAGAUUGUCAGAGAGCUUCCAUCGAAGAUAAAAAGCAUAUUCUGAAGAAACUGGAGCAAUACGACUUAAGGCAACAGAUGACCCUUUCAAUGUAUGCCUCUGUCACAAACAUUAUCCCAAACUUGGAUGAUGACUCAAAAAUUGGAGGUUAUAUUGUGGAUAGGGAGAAAAAGGUGGUAGAUAAGUUUGAAUUUAAUUCAAUGGAGAUGCCUGCAUACGAUGCCCGCUCCAAAAUUUGGAAGAUGAUUGAUAUCUUGUAGAUGCUGAGCACCACUCCUUCCUGAGGAGAUCUAACAUUUCGUCACAAAUGCUUUUUCCUUUUUGUAUUCAGAAUUUGUGGUUAGUGCACGGAACAUGUCUAGCUGAUGUAUGCAGUGGGUUCCUCGUCUUGUAAUGAAAUUGUUGAUUCUCCACCUGUACCAAGCCAUCUUUGAUACAUUGGAUUGCAACCUUUUCAAUAGGUGAGGUCAGUCUAUCAUUGUAACAAUGAAGCUUGGCAAGAUUCUCAUGGC